CAUUGUGGGGCCGUGACCGGGGGUGGGGCGCAGGACGUCAACGCGCAUGCGCAGACGCCACAGCGGCUCGCUUUUCCCUCCUCUUUUCUCUGAGGGCCGCGGGGCUUGUUCAUUACUAUUAAUAUCCAUUGAGCCUUCACCUUCCUCGUCAGGGGAAGUAGAGGGGCAGGCACUCUCUGGCGACCAGUGACAGCACCCGAGGGCAGGAUAUGAAGCUGUGUCAGGGGAGGUUUAAGGCACACGGUGUGAUUUGUGAUUGUCCUGUGCAGAGCCAGAAGUCCGACUCCAUGAUCCUUGGAUCAACAGAAAUGGCCAACCGAGAAGAAGCAGAGAUACAAAUUUCAGAGUUAGAUUUACUGUCUAGCAUGUUUCCUUAUGAGGAAGAGUUUGCUGUGACAGACCAACUGGCUCUAGCUGAACUGAAACACUAUGUUGAAAAUGAGUCUGCGGAGGUGCCAUCUUCAAAAGUUCAGUUUAUACUGAAUGUAAAGACAGAGGUGCCUAAUGCCUCUAUGGUGGAAUUCUCUAUGGCCUGUGCUUUACCAUUUCAAUAUCCGACUGUUCUCCCUGAAAUUACUGUGAGGUCAUCGUUAUUAAGCCGCUCUCAGCAGAUUCUCCUGAACUCUGAUCUAAAAAUGUAUUUGAUGCAAAACUUCAGUGGCGAGCCCUGCGUGCUGAGUGCAAGGGAAUGGGUUAAAGACCAUGCAGCUGCUUACAUUGAUAAAGAUCUUUCAUCCUCCUCAAUGGCAGCCUCAGAUGCCACGCAGUCAGAAGUCACCACGUUCACUCGAUUGUGGAUCUACAGUCAUCACAUUUACAACAAGCAAAAAAGAAAGAAUAUUGUUGACUGGGCCAAGGAACUUUCUCUGUCAGGAUUUUGCAUGCCAGGGAAACCAGGUGUUGUUUGUGUAGAAGGUUUACAAAGUAGUUGCGAAGAGUUCUGGUCAAGGAUAAGAAGAUUAACAUGGAAAAGAAUUCUUAUUCGGCACAGAGAAGAUGUUUCUUUGGAAGGUGGAGGACAUGCUGAGAUCCAGAAGCAACGAAAGUUCCCCACUUUGGAAGAAAAAUGUUUUGAUGCACAUGGUGCCAGGGGAAACCAUAUGGACUUGGGACAACUGUAUCAUUUUUUAGAAGAAAAAGGAUGUGCUGACAUAUUUCAAAUGUACUUUGGGGUUGAAGGGCAUUGAAGGGGUUGAAGAUCAGCACAGGCCCCAGCACCUGCAUUUCUAAUUUAAUCCUCAUAACAGAUUCCUUAGCUUUUCUGCAACAUUUGGUCAGAGAGGGGAUUAAUAAUUCAUGAUUUAUGUGAUUAAUCCAGUUUUCGAUGAAAACAAAUAUCCAGUGAAAUCCUGAAUAAUGAAAAUGAUUAUAGGAAUGCUUUAUGGACUUUCUGGCCUUAAGGAGAUUUAGGGUACAUUACUAUUUAAAAUGAAAGAAAACGUGCUUGAUAAUCUACUGGACAGUUACAGAACUAUAGAUGGGUGAACAGAUGGAAUAUGGUGAAUGAGUGUACAAAUAAGAAAAGACAAAAAUGUAGUGUGGGUAUCUCAGGAGCAAGAACAUUAUGUUUACAUUAAUUGUUACUGUUUACAUACACUUAAUGAAAACUUCUUUAAAAAAUGAUCUUCUACUUUCUACCUGAAAGUUUAGUAAGCCAUGAGAUCAAUAUUUUAUUUAAAAAAGAACAAAGGGAGGGAGCAAGUUUACAAGAGUUACUCAUGCUGCUAAGAUGAGCUAGGAUGCCUACUCUAAGGCAUAAGAAUUUUCUGUAGGUAAAAGUGUGUGCCGGUAAGAUAGAUACCACGGUGGCUCCACUACAUCUGUUAUUUUAUUUUGUGUAAAAACAGCAGUGUACCAAGGAUUGGGCUCCUUUAUGGCAUGCUCCAAGACUCUGAAACGAUCCUCAGCCUUCUGAGUUCGCACGUUUUCAGCCCUGUAAUAUGAAGUGCUGAACAUAAUAUUUAUGUUGUGUGUGUUUUCGAGUGGGAUUUCAACAGAGUUAUAUCAAUGAAUGCUAAUUUUGUGGCUACUGUAUCUAAACCCCCUGGUAGACAUUAGUUCAUUUGGAUUAAAUA